AUGAAGUACACACUUACCGCCAUAGCCCUUGCGGCGACAACGAUCGCUGCUCCGACUAAUCAAGCACCCGACUCAUUCAAGAUCACUAAAGUCGUCUCUGGCGGCUCGGGUUGCCCCCAAGGCAGUAUCGAUAUCAACUGGACUGACAAUGGCAUCUUGCCCAUCUACUUCAACCAACAAUUCACAGCCCGCGUCGGCACCGGGAAGACGGCAGAAGACUCGCGAAAGAACUGCCAAAUCAACCUCGGUCUCGAAUUCUCCCCUGGCUUCUCCUUCGCCAUCUUCAGCGCGGACUACACCGGUUGGGGCGACCUUGAUAGUGGUGUCACUGGUGUCGUAAAGUCAACGUACUACGUCUCUGGUCAGCAAAGCCAGUCGUCGUCAGAACUCAGCAUCGACGGUCCGUUCCAUGGCAAAUACUACAAGCAGGAUAACGUGCCGGCUGCAGUCUGGUCACCCUGCGGUGGUGAUGCCCUUUUCAACAUCAACAGCGAAGUAGCGCUAACACCAUUUGCUACACCGGCUAAUGGUGUGCUCGCUGCAACGCGCGAGGCGGGUCGCUUUACGUCGAAUUUGUACGUUCAGUGGAGAAAAUGCUAG